AUGGAGGCCUACCCUCCCGACUAUGUAGUCCAUAAUCUGCCCUUCAUAGUCCUGUCUGGCCUCGGAGUUAGCAAAGAGCGCGAACCUCCAGCAGCCGCCCAGGACGUGCUGCCCGGCCGAGCAGUCACUACUAUCAACGCAGAGUCGCCGCCUGUCGCCAGCGAACGUGCCACCGAAUUACUCGACGAGUUCUUGAGCGCCGAUGGGACCAAUGCGCCGUGGAAUGGACGGUCCUUCCAUCGAUCAGGUCUCACACAUGGCUUCCGAUUUCGAGCUGUUGGCCGGCAAUAUCAAUUGCCAGCGAAAAAGGCCGAUGCUCCCACGACGUGGGCAACGACGCCUCCAGGUAGCCCCACGAUAGCCGCAGCAACCUCGUGGACAUUGCACUCGCCCAUCUCGCCCUUGUCCCCCAGCUCGACCACCUUCCCAGACGGCGUCAUCGCUCCUGUCUGGGUUUCCAAGCACCAGCACUAUGUACCUUCUGUGUUCAUCUCCUUCUUCGACUUCACCACAGACCCCAUCACAAAUAGCCUGCACGACAAUCAACUGAAAACGGACAUCAACCGGAUCAAGAGCCAGAUUCAGAAGUCGGACUAUCGCACGCGGUUCGCCGUGGUACUUCUAAGCAACAAAACGAUACUGGAGGCGCCUGAUAUUGAAGAGCGUUUGACGGUGAUACGAAGAGCCACUGGUCUGGACCCCAAGAACUCGUUCUUCUUCCUCCCUCCAAACACAUCACAGGUCGAGUUACGAGCUUUCGUGACAAGCAUCUUGUCCAUUUUACAGCCCAUUUGCGUCGAGUACUACCGAGAUCUCACCAAGCAUGCCAGACGGAAGAAAAGCCGCGGUUCUGUACCGCCUCCUACAGCCCCACCGACACGAGGCACGUCACAAACAUUGUCCUACCCUGGCUGGGGCAUCCGCUAUGACUUCAAGUUGGGAAUCUUUGCAGAAUUUCGUCAGGAAAUGGAUGCUGCACAACGACAUUAUAACAUUACUCUCGAAUCAUUGUUCGGCGCUGAAGGAUUGUUCGAGACCACCGCAAGUUGGUCACCCAGGUGGGACGAAAUACGUUUGUUGGCCGAUAUCGUAGCGCUUCGACAUAUUCGCUGCCAAUUGUGGCUGAACUGCCCUACUUCUGCAGCCCAAACGUGGUUAAGAUAUAAGCUUAGGCUAAGAGAUGUCCUUGAUCGUCGAGGCAAGGGCUCCUCAAAUUACGGAUGGCAAGCAUGGGAAUCGCGAUGGGCGCGAAUUAUGGCGCAAGCCAUUCAGCGGGCCGAACUGCCCGUGUUCGCGGUAGGAAAGCAACUCCAAGACUCAGAUCCUCCAAGUAAGGGCAUGGUAGCAGUAUUCUCCCCACCUGAGAAAUCAUUCCCCGUCGGUGAACGGUUCCCGCCAUGGGAGCUUCUCCACCACGCCGGGUAUUGGCACAAGAUGUCUAGUGACCAUGCAAAGAGACGCUAUAUUCUUGCCCGUGACAUACCUGAAGAGGACCGCACUCCACCGGGUAUGUCUCCCGCUACAAAGGUAUCAAGCCGAAAUCAGAUCUACGAUCAAUACCUCGUCCCACAGCCUCAUGAAGAAUACCCUCUUCCAGGUGUUGGAGGGGGUUUUGAACACUGGAGUGAUAUUGCUGCAAAAAUGAACGCCUCCAUACAAGAAUUCAAGAGUCGUGGUCAGCACCGCAAGGUAGAUCAGCUGCAAUUAGAGGUAGCUAGAACCUUGCUUCACGUGAAGAGGUUUGAUGACGCGUUUAAGGUACUUCGGCCGCUAUGGGAGACGAUGGCUUGGAGGAAGGAAGGCUGGUACAAUCUAGCUUCCGAGGUGUUGUGGGCCCUUCACGAGUGUGCUUUGCGCGUUCAGAACAAAGAAGCUUAUGUCGCUACCGAGUGGGAACUGUACACUCAAAUGAUUCCGGGAAAAACGAGGUACAAACACGACUUGAUGGUCUGCUUGGACGUAUUCGCCAAGGAUGAACCCGCAGAUAAGAUCAACGUGAAUUUGAAUGCCAAAGAUCACAUGUCUCCUUUGAUCAUAACCUUCGCCUUCUCCGAAAGUGAAGGCAAUGUAGGAGAGCCUCUGCAAUCACAAAUGACAAUCACGUCCAAUGCUCGCCAGGGGUCUGCGCCCGUUACAUUGUCGUCUCUCUCCUACCACUUCAGCGGGGCCUUGAGUGAGGUACAACUGAGCCAUGAAAGAGAUGAGAAAACCGCAGUGACGACAUCCAGAAUGUUGGCAUGUACGCUGGAGGAAACUUCUACAUCUGGCCAAAAGCCCCAAUGGGCCGGCGUGAGUGAUUUGACCAUUUAUCCUGGUCAAACCAACGUCUACACCUUCCCUCUUAUCUUCCGCGAAGCAGGUGAUGUGGAUGCAGAUUCUUGUGUAUUUGAGGUGAACACGGAUCACUUCAACCUCACUUGCUCGGACACGGAUUUGCACAGUAGCCCUAACCCAGCAUGGUGGGUCACUUCGAAUGGAGCAGUCAAGCCAAGAAAGUAUAAAGGAGCUGGAGGAUUGUCGGUUCAUAUUCUUCCAAAGCCACCGAAAGUGGAGAUCAGAUUACCGGAUGUAAGAACUCAGUACUUCACCGAUGAACCGGUCACUCUGGCUAUUGAGAUCCUAAACCAGGAAGAAGAAGACACGGAAGCUGUCCUUGAAGUACGGCUGCUAGGUCGUCAACAGGAUGCUCUGGGGUUCGCCUGGCUCGAACGGCCAGCCUCGUCACCGAUGAAAGAAGUACCUCCACAGGUGGAUGGUUUCAAAGACGUUGAUUUGCCGGGUCAUGUUGUCGGCAAGCUAUCACAGGGCGCCAGCACAGUGGAGAAGAUACAUUUUACAGCGCCUCCUGAUCCGGCAGACUUUGCUUUAGAGGUUAAGGUACUAUACCAUCUUCUCAGCGAUCGCGACAUCCCAAUAUCCAAGAUCAUGGUAGCAGAUCUUGUCUUCAAUGCGCCUUUUGAAGCAAGUUAUGACCUCAACGCCCGCGUUCAUCCAGAGCCAUGGCCAAGCUACUUCGAAUUACGGGAUGCUGAGAGCAACUUCAACCCAGAAUCAGCCGACGCAUUUGGCAUUGCACAGAAGUGGGGCCUGCGAGCAAAGGUUGCAUCAUUCGCCGAUGAACAGCUGACAGUCAGUGACCUAGCUGUCAAAGUCCACGGCGUCCAUGGCGGUGCAACAUGCGAUGUGACGAAGGAAUUCGAGGCAGGCGAGCAGGCCAUGGACCCUCAGAUCUUGAGCGAGUGGGCCUUCAGCCUUGAUGUACGAAAAAAUAAUCUGGAAGAGCGACGGUCAACCGCGCUCGACACGACCCUCAACAUUACCUGGCAGCGGACUUCCAUCCCUAAUGCUCCGGUGGUAACUUCCUGUCUCCCAAUACCACGCAUACAAAUACCUUCGAGCGAGCCUCGCGUCCUAGCCUCAGUCCAAUACUCAACUUCAGUAGCCUCACUAGUGCACCUCGAUUACACACUCGAAAACCCCACCAUGCACUUCCUCACCUUUGAAGUCAACAUGGAAGCCAGUGAGGAAUUCGGCUUUAGCGGCCCAAAACUCCGUACCUUGCAUCUGCUGCCCAUGAGCAGGCAGACUGUGUGCUAUAGCUUGCUCCCCCUUGUCACGGCCACUUGGAUCACACCACAUCUCAAGGUCAUGGAUCGAUACUUCAAUAAAACUCUCAAGGUUCAGGCGACAGAGGGCCUGCGCAUGGAGAAAAAGGGCGUUGGUGUUUGGAUACCGGGGGAUGAGGGGACGGGUCCUGCACCUGAAGCUGUGCUGUAA